GCUCGAGGAGCUCGGGCGGGACGCCGGCCCGGAGGCUCCCGGCGCCUGCCCGCCGACCAGGGCGGUGAAGGAGGCAGAGUGCGAGAGGGACUCGGCCGAUGCGAACGGGUACGAGCUGCACGACUGGCCCCGGCAGCACGUCAACGCGCGGAGCCCACCCGAUGAGGGCGGUGACGAGCAUCACGACGACGAGGCUGAAGAUUAUGAGCCUCUUGGCAGCGACCCGUCGGAGUACGCGGUCGAGCACGACGGGCGCGUGCAGCCAGUCGCUGCACAGCAGGGCCUCCAGGAGGAGGUCGGGAUCGGCUCUGCGGGCCCCACGAGGGAGGAGCUGGAGGCAGAGGACAAGGUUGCAUCGGAGCCCGCUUUCGCCGAGGCGCCGAUGCGCGGGUACACCCAGGCGGUCUCCGAGCAGCAGUCCGACGUCAACCAGCAGCGCGACUCCGAGCAGCCCGAGGAGCAGCAGCAGUUCCCUUUGGAGCGGGUGGAGCCCGUAGCGCUGCGGGCCAGCUACAGUGGGCUGUUGGCUGGGGCUCGCGCCGCCUUAGGCGCGAAGCUGCGCGCAGCCCGCGAGGCGCGCGGCAGGCGCUGA